CCCCUUAAGUGAAAAUUAUUUUUGCGUUACUGAAUGUCGACAGAACUAAUUGAGAGAAUUUUGGUUAGUAUUACUUUCAAAUCUUGAAUAUAGAUAGAAUAGCUAAUUGCGAUGUUUGGUUACGCGGGGUAAAAUUCGUAAAAGAUUAGAGCUCCGAACAAUCUAAAUAAUUCGACUAUUAUAAUUGUGGGCUUCAAAAUGGGUUGCUAACUGCCUUUUUCUCUCAGAGUUUCUCUCUCCAGGAGAUAUCUUUAUCCAUAUUUCUCAAGAACGCAUUUCCUUUCAUUUCCGUUAAUAAAAAGUAAAACCGCUCGCGCCCAUUACUUCCUUCGCGCGUUACCACGUUAGCGUAUGCGAGGCCCUGGCGAUCGCGUGGCGGAAAGGUGAGGGUUCAAUCCUUCAAUCCGUUCACUUCGAUCGGACACUGCGGAUACGAAUGCAUAAUCGUGCCGCGAAUCGCCGUGAUUUUCAUUAAGGGCGCGCGCGACGGCCGGCCGUACCUCGGCGAAAUCGUGGAGUCACGCCGGGAGACUUUAACGAGCGCACAGGAGCACUCCUGGACGCUUCCUCGCACGGUGCUUCGAGUGAUUUGCAAUUUCAAUUGGAUCUUCCUCCCUUUUCGUCCCGUCCUUCCUCCCCCGCGUUCGCAGGGAGAGGCACACCGAUUGCCACGGUGGAAUAUUGAAAAAUCUCCCGGCUGACCUCGCUUAUAUCCUGCAUUCUCGCGACGCUUCACCGCCCGAUAAUGCCCAUCAUCGCUUAUAAUGAAGUAGUAAAAGUGCUCUCGGCAUUCAGCCGCUGUCUAAUUUUAUUAUGAUUGUACGUGACGUAUUAUCUGUAGAAUGGCAACGAAAAUACUUUCUAUUUGAUUAAUAAUACGCAGGUGUAGUUAACAUCAACUGUGUGUACCGGUGAGAAAAUAUCUCUAAAUAUCUUAAAUAUGAUCUGCGUCUCUCCCGACCAUCUUUUAUUCCCUAAAAAGAAAUUUCGCUAAUUAUGAACUAAAUAAUUUUUCCUUCGACUCUUCGUUUUCUCUAAUUGAGAGACGUUAGGAACAGAUAAGAGGCGAGAUUCACGGGCACGAUCUCUUUUCCUAAAGCUGUAAUCGCGGGAUUACUGGCGUUUAAUUAAUCGAGAUAAUUAGCCGCGAGCGCGCACUUCGGAUUGUUUGAGGUGCACGCGUUAUGUGGGUCGGCGGGACGCGGUUUUCGGUAGACUUUCCAUCACGGUUUCCAACCGCGUUGCGUGUACGGGUAAUUAUGGCUGUAACACUAUAACAAUCCAGGCCAUGGUGGUAUUUUAUUUAGGUACACGGACACGGGUGCACGGUUCACUGGCGUACAAACGUAGCUAUAGAAAUUGGUGCGUGGGAUAGUCUCACAGUGGAUUCUGGAGAUCACGAAAUCGAGAUAUUGUUUCCGUUCGCCGGGAGCCGGGAGAGGACUAAAUAAGCGGAGACAUUCCGCGGUUAUAUAUCCCUCCAAUUUUCACUUAUCCGACUCGAGCCACGCGAAACGCGGUGGAAUCCAUCCGCGAGAGAAAAAAAACUGAAAUCAAUCUGGCCACUGCACUUCGAAGAUCGAAGCUGGAGCUGAAAUCAGUCUGGCAGCUUCGAAGACCGAAGUUAAAGUAUCUCGGUUCUCUUCCAGCUCGUUGAACAUUUCUUUUUUUUUUUUCUUAAUACGCGAGGCGACACGAGCGUGCGAUAGACGCUCGCGUUUUCGAGAAAUGCGGAAAGCGCGGUUUUACGGAAAAAAAAAACACCUGGCUCUCGCAUUGUCCGAGGGAGGGAAUCCUCGCAUGUGUCUUCAAUUCCCCGCAAACGUUCUCGUUUUCAACCGCUUAACCCCUUGAAUCGCAUUAAGCACCCGUGACCGCGGAUCCAGGCUCGCGAUGCGAAUUUGCGAUCGCCGCAAGAGCGAUCACGCGACCGGCGAUUUUUCCAGGUAUCGCGCGCGAGCACAAGGUACAUAUACGUCCGGCGAGAUAUUAGACGUCACUUUCCGCCUGCUUUCGACAUGCUCAGCUGCGCGCAAUAGGCACAUGCAGCGGCGGGCCCGUUUUUCCGAGCGUAUCAUCGCCGGCCUUUACGAAUAUAUCGCCGCGGUCAUAUCCGCACUUUCCUUCUCGUAUACUAUGUAUUAAAACGGCGAUCCAGUUGCGCGCGCGUGCAAAAGGCCGGCAAAGAGGCCGCACGAGACAAGAGUGGCGUUUAAAUGGUGAAUUCAUACCGCGAAAACGCACGGUCGUCGCUCGAUACAACUGUUGCAGAAACGGGAUAUGCAAAUGAACAGUUAACCGGGCCCCGCGAGAGGCGGUUAUCGGUCGCCGCAAAAAAAUCACCGUAUUACGUAAACUGAAAAGGACGUAGGGGCACCACCGCGACACAGUUCUGUCGCUAUUACAUUCAUACGAGACGCAAUUAUUCGACCGUUGUGUAACACUUACGCACUCGGAGUGUGCGGCGGCGGGAAGGUCUCCGUGGCUGCGAUAAGAUUGGCGUUACAGAAUCUUUCGAAAAGAAAAAAAUUAUAAAAUCGACGUGAACGAGGUCGUGAAUCACGAAAAUCUUUUUCACGGAGGGGGAGAGAGAGAGAGAGAGAGAUGUCGGUUUAAUUACAGAAUAAGUUUCCACCGCGACUCCGACGACGUAUUAUUUCCGAGAUGCUUCUUUAUGAACGGUGUUGGCCAAGUCCCCGCGAUGUCUCGCAUCCGUAAUCACGCGUGGGUUAAAUCAUUCCAUGCACGAUCGUGAGACCAAGCAAGGACUAACUCGACGUACAGCGGGAACCACGUCCAUUGUCAUUGCAGAAGCCGACGCAAUCCUACCUGCGAGAACCCGCGGGCUCUUUCUCCUUUCAUAUGCGGCCACCGGAAAAUAUGGGCUCGGAAGCUUGGGAGCUGGAGAGGAGGUACUCGGUGCCGGGAGCUCUGGACACCAGGGGACUGGAGCCGCCGGCCAGCGAGGAUCUGCACGCAUGGUCGAUUUACAGGCAAAACCUGAACUCCGACUUCACGGACUCCGCGCUCGGCUCCGCCGAGAAGUCGCCGCUGCCGUACGGCAACUUCCAGCUGCGCGACUCUACGGUGCAGAGCAUACUGCGGCAUCCGCGAUACGGGCCCAAGAGUCCACUGGCCAACAAUUCUUACACGUACUUGAAGUUCGGCCUGCCGCGCGUCCUGCCGCCCAGCUCGCGGAAUCGCGACGGUUCGAGCGGCUACGACUCCAGCGAGGAAGGACGACGCGUGUCGCACGCAGGUGCUCCGGUGCAUACGACCUCGAUUAUGCGUUCGGCCAGGAGCGAUCCGGAUUUCAGGCACGUCCACGCUGUCCCGAGGGAGCCAGCGCAUUCUCAGUUAACUGUCGCGAGGGAGCAUCCGAGGCUGAGGAGCGCCAGCGAGGCUAAUCUCUUGCAGAGCGCGGUCAGGACCAAUCGGCGACACAGCAUCGCGCCGAUCGAUCCAGGAUAUAUAGCGCAUGGACACGGUAUCCUGGGACCGGAAGGUUACGCGCUGCCAAUGAGACCCAUGCCGUGCCUGCAGCAUCCUCACCUGCAGCUGCGGGGCGUAGAGGCUUCAGGCUCGGACGGGCUGCCGCUUCUUCGUGGAAUCACCCUCGAGGCCGGCGCCGCCGAGGUGCUGGCCAUUAUGGCGACUACCGAGAAGGAAGGCACGCAGAUCGUCGAGACGAUCGCGGGUAGGAGGCGUAUAAAAAGAGGCGAUAUUCUACUCAAUGGAAGAUCCGUAUCGGCACGCAGCCUAAGAUCCCGCGUCGCCUAUCUGCCCACGGAAAGUGGCCUGAGCCCCGGGCUGACGGCUCAGCAGACCCUCAGUUUCUACAUGUUGCUGAGAGGCGGCCGUAACACCACCUCGCUCGAGGCCGAGGCUAUCCUGCAGGAGCUCGGCUUGGAGGCGACCAAGCACUGCCUGGUCAACACCCUGACGACCUCCGAGGCCCGACGAUUGGCCCUCGCCUGCCGGCUGCUGCAGGACUCGCACGUCAUCGCCUUGGACAGACCCACGCACGGUCUGGACAUCUUCGACGCCUUCUUUCUGGUUGAGUACCUGAGGCAGUGGGCCAACCGCGGUCAGCGUCUCGUCGUCCUGACCCUGCAUCCCCCCACCUACGAGAUCCUGACAAUGGUGUCGAGGGUCGCGCUCACGUCCGGCGGUCGAGUCAUGUACUCCGGACUCAGAAGAGACAUGCUGCCAUAUUUCGCGCUCGCCGAGUUCCCGUGUCCGCCGUUCAAGAACCCGUCCGACUACUAUCUUGAUUUGGUAACGCUGGAUGACCUGUCGGCGGAAGCGAUGCUGGAGUCCUCGCAGAGGAUAGAUCACCUGGCGGAGCUGGCCAGAACGAGGCUACCUCCGAUCAGCGAUCCUGGACCACCCGGCGCACUGCCGCCCUCGAUGUCCGGCCCCAAUAUAUUUGUGCAAUUCUACGCGCUGUUGUUGCGCACGCUCAUCUACAGUCAACCGUGGACGUUAACAAGACUGCUGCGGAAAAUCCUCAUUUCCGCGUCGCUCAGCGUUCUACUCGGUGCAAUCUUCUGGGACAUCGCCAGCGAGUCGAAUCUGUAUCUACGAGACAGAAUAGGCUACCAUUACGCUAGUUUGGGCAUCUUCUUCUGGCCUCUAAGCCUCCUGGCGAUGUGCGACGUGGCCGACAGCAGGCCGAACGUGGAGAGGGACAUCAGGGACGGGCUGUACGGUAGAUUUAUGUACAUCCUCGUAGAGCUCAUCUGCAGCGUGCCGUCCUGGUGCGUCAUCUACCUGAUAUAUCUGGCGCCGGCGUUUGCGAUGUCGGGGCUGCACCUCGUGCCGGACGAGAACCUGACGUCGUUGUGGAACUACAUCGCCGUUGGUCUGCUGUACCUGAUGCUGCAGCACCUCAUCUGCACGUUCUUCGCGCACGUGUGCAAGUGGACCUAUCUGGCGGCGCUGUUCUCCGGCGUGGUGCUGGGCGAGAUGACCCUGGCCGGCGGGGCGACUCUGCACCUGGACAACCUGCCGUCGUGGUAUCAGCAGAUCAGCCCGAUGCAGUGGUCGCUGUCGUUGCUGCUGCCGCGACUGCACAGGAGCGAGAGCGUGGGAAAGCUGGCCAAUUGCAAGCCCAAACAGAUCCAACGGCAGGACAUCAUUAUCCAGGCGGCGUGCGAGCCGCCCGACGGCGCGUUAGCUCUUCGCGAGAUCGCUCUCGACAAGUUAAACGUGCGAGGCGAGCUUUGGCUGGGCGUCGGAGUCUCUAUCGUCGCCGGACUCAUCAUUUUCGGUUUCCUGUGCGUCAAGUACGCCACUCCGAAGAGGCCCAGAAGCGCCCCGAACAAGCCCUGACGUGCCGCGCGUCAUCGCGAAGUAGACUCGAGACCGUGAGACCCGAGUGCCACCAAGGCGAGCUUGGUAUUCGUGAGAUUUCGUCCUUCGAAGUGAAUCACGACGAUAAAACUCCCCGGUGACAUCACUACUUCGCCGCAGACUCAAAAUUACGUACCGCGUAUAAACUCGUCAAACAUUCUCGUUGCUGACAGUGCGUUCUCGUGGCUGUCUUCUUGUCUCACUUGUCAGAUUUUCUGUUUUAUUAAAUUCUAGCGACUGGAUCGUCGAGCUUGACUUUGGCGAGAAGCACUUUGGUAGAACCUAUUAUACUUUGUUAAUUUGCAUCGCGCUCGUAAAGUUUCGUCAACGUCUACUCCAGUGCGAUUCUUUAAAGGAGAGAACUUUAGGGACUCGCAGGGUAGACAGAGAGGUGGCGUGGAGUACAAAACUUAACGAGAUAUUACUUUAUCCUGUCAUAGGAGCUCGCUGUUUAUCGACGACAACUAAACGCGCUUAAUACUUCGUAUAUUGUCCUAACUAAUAUUGUUAUAAUCGUACGAAAUAAACAUUCUUACGAAACGAA